AUGGGGAAAAUCGACUCAGCAAGCCUCGCGCAUUUCCCCAUUCGGGAUAAAGCCGAUAAUCUACGUCAUAAACCUGUUAUUCACCUUAUACUUAAGCCUUACAUUGCGAUUAAUAGGGACUACCCUGUGCGCCGUAAAGUGUUUGAACAAGCUUUUUGUGGCACAAUUAUGAGAUUGUCGGCAACAAGGCUUGUUUCCCAAUGCCUCCAGAGUCUGAAAAGCGGCAGAUCACUUUCCAGUUCCUCCAGAACCCAGCUUCAGCAUGUCUUACGCAGGGGAGGCAACGGCAUACAGUCAGCACGAGCGAUGUCGUCGCUUAUUACCCCAGACAAUAUCCUGAAGAGUCCAUUUCCUGACGAAACCAUUCCAGAUGUCUCUCUGACAGAAUAUCUGUUUUCUUGUUUCAAGGAGCAUGCUGAUAAAACGGCGAUUGUGGAUUUCCCCACUGGUCGCAGUUACAGUUACAGCCAGCUGAAAGCGUUGGUUAUCCGUGUGGCCAGUGCUCUCAAUAAGCGUGGAUUCAAGAAGGGAGAUGUCAUCGCUGUCUUCAGCCCCAACCUUCCUGAGUACUCCAUUCUCAUCAUGGCCGCUGCAACACUUGGAGUUGUCUUAUCACCAGCCAACCCACUGUACACCCCCCCUGAACUUGCUCGUCAUCUUCAACUAUCAGGCUCGAAGGCACUGGUGUCAAUCGAACUCUUGCUACCAACCAUCACCGCUGUGUUUGACAUACAUCCUGAGACCAAGGAACAGAUUAAAGAAGUGUUUGUGUUUGGGGAGGCUGAUAACUGUGUACCCUUUAGCUUGUUAAUGCAAGAUGAUGGCAAAGCAUUCCCGGAGAAUGUUGACAUCAAUCCCUCAGAAGACACACUGGUUUUGCCAUUCUCCAGCGGAACUACUGGUCUACCGAAGGGUGUCAUGUUGACUCACCGAAACUGUGUGGCAAACCUUAAACAGAUCAAAAGUCCUAUGGAGGUUGUGGAUGACGACGUACUCCUGGGGAUCCUGCCUUUCUAUCAUAUUUAUGGCAUGGUACCAGUCCAGUUUGGUGCCCUCCAGAUCGGAUCCACUCUCAUCACCCUGCCUCGCUUUGAUCCAGAAAUGUUCAUUAAUUCAAUAUAUAAAUCCAAAGUGAGUGUUCUACACAUCGUUCCUCCCAUCAUCUUGUUCCUGUUGAAAUUCCCCAGCAUCACGAAGGAACAACUAAAAAGUGUCAGGUAUAUCAUAUCUGGGGCCGCUCCUCUCGGAGAAGCACUGACUAAGGAGUUUACAGAGAAGUUCGAUAUUCCCAUCUACCAAGGUUAUGGACUGACAGAAUCAUCUCCUGUGAUCUGUGCCGACUCACCACCUGGAAUCCCUGGCACCAUCGGUCACUGUAUUUCAAACACUGAAGCUAAGAUUAAGUGUGUGGACACUGGGAAAACACUUGGUGUCGGUGAGUUUGGCGAGUUCUGUGCCAGGGGUCCACAGAUGAUGAAAGGGUACCUGAAUGACCCGGAAGCCACAAGCAAAAUGUUGGACAAGGAUGGCUGGUUGCAAACAGGUGAUUUGGGUUACUAUAAUGAAAACGGUACUGUCGUUAUCGAAGAUCGACUGAAAGAACUGAUCAAGUACAAAGGAUAUCAGGUUCCACCAGCAGAGCUUGAAAAUCUCCUCCUGACCCACCCGGCUGUGCAAGACUGUGCUGUGAUUGGAAUCCCCGACGUGGAGGCGGGAGAGCUGCCCAGAGCCUACGUGGUCCUCAAGGAAGAUACCAAGCUGCACGAGAUAGAUGUCAUCCAGUUCGUUCAAGAUCACGUGUCCCCAUACAAAAGACUACGAGGUGGUGUGGAGUUUGUAGAUGAAAUUCCCAAAUCUGUCAGUGGCAAGAUCCUUCGAAGAGUUCUCAAGGCGCAGAUUUUGAGCAGGCCCUAAAAUUAUACAACUUCACCAAACAGUGAAACCUUCUUAAUUCACACACUGGCCUAAUUAAUAAAUUCUAUACUACAGAAUAGUGUGUGAAUAGUCACCUCAUAAACAAUGAAAAUCCGAGUGGAAUAUACAAAUAACAUAUUGUUUUGUUUGUAAACUAUUAUCCUUAAAGGUGUGCUAUCAAAGUUGCAUAAUUAAUAAGGCUGCUUGUAAAAAGUAUUUAUUAAAUUAUUCGAGAGGAGUGGUCAAUGUAAAGAUUAUACCUUCAAAUACAUGCCCAUAACAAAUUACAAUCAAAUAAUUUUAAUUAUAAAUAAAAAAAUUAAAUUUUGUUUGAAAAAAUCUAUAGACUGACCAACAGGUCAAUAAAAUGCAUGACAUCACAGGUUUACUUGUAUAUAUUUUGUGUCAAUGCCUAGAAUACAGUGUGACCAAUUAAAAAGAAAAUGGAGGCCAACAUACCAAGGAGAGAGAUGCUGAAAGCCUUUACGGGUUCAGCCAGAAAAGAUUAUAUUGAUUUUUAGUGUACUUUCUCUUUUAUUUUUAGUGUACUUUCCUUUUUAGCGUCCAACGCCAUAUUACCGUAAUUAAAAUGUGUUGAGUGCAUCGUUAAAUAAAACAUUCCUUCCUUCUCUUUUUAACAAGCAUUCUUAGAAAAACCACUGUUUAUUCAUUGUAGCAUCACUAUACACAUUUGAUAUUUUCGAGUUAAUUAUGCAAAGAUAAUAUAAGU